AUGACGGAUAGUUUAUCAUCGAAAUCACCAACAUCACAUCAAACAUCAUCAUUUGUUGCAACAAAUUCAUCUAAACAUCGUUCAAAUUCAUUUAUGUUUGCUAAUGGUGAUCGAUAUGAUGGUGAAUAUAUACUUACGGACGAAGGUCAAAUCAUGCGUCAUGGUCAUGGUAAACAUAUAAGUGCUGAUCAACAACUUAUUUAUGAAGGUAUAUGGAAUCGAGAUAAAAUGCAUGGAACAGGACGAUUAACUUAUGGAAAUGGUGCAUCAUAUGAUGGAGAAUUUCAAUCAAAUUAUUUCGAAGGUUUAGGUACAUAUACAUGGCCAGAUGGUGCACAAUAUACAGGUAUAUGGCAAGGUUCAAGACCAAUAGGUAAAGCUGAAUAUACAGGACCAGAGUUAGAUGUACCAUUUAUUGGUAUAGCUAAUGGACAAAUAGCACAAUUAUAUAAAAAUCAAGUUAAUUUAUAUCUUAUUAUAAAUGUACUUUUAAGGAAUAUUACUAUCGGUGUGUUCGGUCUUGAUAAUGCCGGUAAAACAUCUGCUGUUAAAGCGAUUGAAGGCUCUCGAACAAAAAAUGUUAUACCAACAAUUAAUGCAAAUACAUUAACGGUUUCAUAUCCAACAACUACAAAACGUGAUGAAAAAUCUCAGGAACGUAUAAAAAUAAUUGAUGUAAGUGGUCAAAGAAACUUUCGUGAAAACUCAUGGCCUGAUUAUUAUGGUCAAAUACAUGGUUUAAUAUUUGUUAUUGAUGCAAGUGAAAAAAAACGUAUAAAAGAAAAUAAAAAUACACUUGAUGAAUUACUCGACAAUGAUAAACUUCGAGAUAAACCAAUACUUAUUUUGGCAAAUAAACAAGAUCUUAGAGGUGCUUUAAAUGAUGAAGAUGAAAUCAAAGAAAAACUUGACAUUGAAAACUUAAAAAUAAAACAUAAAAUUGAAUUAUGUACAGCAAUACCAAAUAAAGAUAAAGGUGAAGAUUCAAUUCGAGUAGGCUUUUCAUGGUUAAUAAAAACAAUUGAAGAAAAUUAUACUGAUAUUAAUUCACGUGUUAAUAAUGCAAAUAAUUCUCGUCGAUCAAAAUCAUUUGAAAGAAAACAUGGUUAUUCGACAUCAUCAACAUCAAAACCGACAACCCAUCUCAAAAACGAUGAUGAUGAUGAUGAUGAUGACUAUAAAUCUAAAUUGAAAUCUAAAGUACCUUCAAAAUACAAUGAUGAUGAUGAUCUUCCAUCUUCAUCAUCAAAAUUUGGAGCGCGUUCAAAAUAUGAUAAUGAUUAUCCAACAUCAACAUUAUCAAAACCAGCAACACAUUCAAAGUAUAGCGAUGAUGAUAAUCCAUUGUCGUUAUCAAAACCAGUGAUACGAUCAAAAUACGGACAUGAUGAUCGAUCACCUUCACCAUUGAGAUCAACUUCAGUUUUAAAAAAAUCCGAUGAUAAAGUUCCGUUACCAUCAUCAAAAUCAACUGCACGAUCAAAAUAUGAAGAUGAUGAUGAUGAUGAUCAUCCGACAAAUUCACCGAAAAUAACAUCUCGUUCAAAAGUUCUUGAUGAUGAAUUUCCAUCAUCAUUGAAGAAAAAUAAUUAUUCGUCACAUGAGGAUGAUUUUAGUGGUAAAGGAGGUGUACGAUCUCGUUUUGGAUAUGACAAUUUCGAUUCAUCAAAAGGUGGAUUUAAUAAUGCGCGAGCUGGUUCGGCUUCAGCUCAUCGAUUUCGACCAAAUACAGAUUAUGACACUUAA